CAAGAAGACCGGCAGACUAGACAGUCCAACUGUGAGUGCAACAGACAGUGGAGAGGGUAAAAAAAAUAACUAGAGCUUUUCAAUAAAGAAAGAGAGUACAAGGACCAAUACGGAAAGAGGGAAGACAAGCUCAAAAAGAGAGCUGAGAGGAGGAUGGGACACUUUCAAUAGGAUGUGAAAAAAAGAGUCGUCUGCAGAGACUGAAGAGAAGACAGGUGAAGAAGGCAAAGGAAGUGUUGAGGACAAGGACUGUAGUUUAAUAUCCUAUCACAUAUGUCACUCAAGUUUUUUAAACAAGUUACAGCUUGAUGGGAGGAAAAAAAUCUGGACUGCUGUGCUCUAACACUUCUCUGCACGUUAUUGCACAUUUAAACUGCAGCUGUGCUGACUCUCCAGUGGAAAGAAUAUUAAUGCAUACUGAUGAACAACCCUGAAGUUGUCACUCCUCAGUCACAAUGACCACCUCCUCCUCUGCCUCAGCCACAAGGACUUCCUUCUCCUCUGCCGCUUCUUUCCCCUUCACUCUUUCAGCUUCUGCAUCGUCUAACUCCUCUCUUCCUAUCGCUACUCCAUCCCUCCCUGUUUCAAUGUCUUCCUUCUUCUUUACCACCUCUCUACCCCCUCCCUCCGUCUCCACCUCUUCAGUGGCCCCAAACCAGACUCUGUGUUCAAUUAAUGACGAGGCCCUCCGCCUGCCGCUCGCAGUCCUAUACUCAUUGUUCUUCCUUUUUGGGCUUGUGGGUAACCUUUUCGCCCUGUGGGUCUUCCUUUUCCUACAGUCAAAACGCAACUCUGUGCGGGUGUUCCUCAUCAACUGCGCUGUGGCGGAUCUGGUCCUCCUGGCGUGUCUGCCCUUCAGGGUGUUCUACCAUGUUAAUGGAAACCAGUGGGUACUGGGAUCUGUAGUCUGCAAGUUGGUGGGGAAUCUGUUUUACAUGAACAUGUACAUCAGUAUUGCAUUACUGGGGCUCAUCAGCUUGGACAGAUACUUGAGGAUAAAGGGGAAAAGCAGAGUACGGAGAGGCAUGAGGGUGACGGUGUGGGGUCAUGUCUGGCCUUGGAGCUGGGUGGCGUGCGGGGUUCUGUGGGGUAUGUCACUGAUGGCGCUGGUGCCCAUGAUCGCCACAGCAGAGGACAGUGAGGAGAAAGACAUAUGCUUCCAGUACAAGCACCGUAGCAGCAAAGCCAAAGGGAAAGCCUACUUCAACGGGGCGCUGGUGUUGAUGUUCUGGCUCAUCUUCAUCAUGCUGGUGGUCUCCUAUGCAAAGAUUGCUUCUCAGUUGCUGAGAGUGUCAUGGGACAAGCCGGACCUUCCCAACGCACAGAGAUACCAACGAACCGCCAAGAAGUCCUUCUUUGUCCUCUUUCUGUUCACCGUCUGCUUCGGGCCGUACCACGCCUUUCGCCUUGUCUACAUCCUCUCCCAGCUCAGCACAACAGUAAACUGUGAGUACUUGCAAAUGGUGGACCGUACCAAUGAGGUGAUGCUGUUAUUAUCUGCCUUCAAUAGCUGUUUGGAUCCUGUAAUGUACUUCCUGUUAUCUGGCUCAGUGCGCAAAACCGCCCUCCAAGCACUUGGACACCGUCUUGGCAACCGGCUUCUCUUCCUAAACGACGGAGCAUCUAACAGCUCGACAACGGAGUUCAGGCGACAGUCUGUGCCAAUGGCUUUACCUAAACCUGAACUCAACACCCCCUCAGUCACCCCGAGAACAAGCAUCUGUGUCAUCAACACCACCCUCCGCAGCACAGCGCUGACCACGCUUCCACAUUCUGGUCAACACUGAUCACAAGUUUUGUCUGACUGCAAACUAUGUAAACCUGAACACUGGAGAAGUACAUGCCGAUUCUCUUUAAAACUGAGUAAAGCCUUUUUACACAUACCUACUUCUUUUGUUAAAAAAAAUAAAUGUAUUUUUUACUUCCGA